UGUGGCGUCUCAGAUUGCAAGGUUUGUGAUAAGGGGCUGUGUCAAAGGGAAGGGUGGGAAUUCGCUGUCAAAUUUGACAGUCGUGAAUUUUCCGACAUUUUUGUGUGGAUCCAUACGGAACGGGUAGUUGAAGUCGGCAAAUUUCUCUGCUUCGGCGGUAGUUUCGGAGGCUGUAUGAAAGAGAAUAGCAGAAAGUCAGGAGAUUUAGCCACAGUUUAAGAGGCGACCAGAAGAAUUUACCCAUUUCCAAGGUAAAGCAUGUUGCCGUUGUGCGUCGUCCUGGCGUUGUUGCCGCCGCUGACCUCGGCGCAGACGUACCGCUGGGGGGCCUGCCCCACCCCCAAGGUGCAGCCCAACUUCAACCUCCAGCAGUAUUUGGGCAAGUGGUACGAGAUCGCCAAGCUGCCCGCCAGAUUCGAGAGGGGCAAGUGCAUCGAGGCCAACUACGCCAUACGACCGGACGGAACCGUCCGGGUGUUGAACUCGCAGUUCUAUAAAGACAAGGUGAGGACAGCAGAAGGGACUGCGGUGGUCCACGACCCGAGAGAACCGGCCCGAAUUGGAGUCAGCUUCUCCUACUUCACCCCCUACAGUCCGUACUGGAUCCUGAGCACGGACUACAGCAGCGUGGCCGUGGUCUACUCGUGCACCGACAUCCUGCGCAUAUUCCACGUGGAGUACGCGUGGAUCCUGGGCCGCUCGCGUUUCCUGCCGGACGAGACGGUGCGCUACGCUCAGGACUUGCUGCUGGCUGAGGGCGUGGACCUCUUUCGCAUGACCACCACCGACCAGACGGGCUGCGAGGACAAGUAGCCUGAUGCUGCUACGUGCUCAAAUGCUACAUGAAUAGCUUCAUCAUUUAGCUGAGCGCACAUUUUCACUGUGAUGUCAAACGCACUUCCGGGUGGCAAAACACUUUGCAAUGGCACCGCCGGCACACAAACACUUUGACAAAACCAUAUUUGACCUAACAAAUGUCCGCUAGCCAUCGACGGGGGUUAUGGAAAUUAACACAGAUGUUACUUACGGUAAUUAUAACACGGCAAAAAACUGCGGUUUGUAACACACACGGAGCAGCAACGCAUACAAACAAACACGCUUGGUCGAAGCUUGCUUUUAUAAAUACACCAUUUUGUGAUUUAUUUCAUUGUCAUCCACCUGCUCAUUUAACAAAUGGGGGAAAAAUGGACUAGUAAUUGAAUCAUAAUCGAUUAUGAUAUGGUGUUAUAAUUUGUACUUAUGCUACGUACCAGAGAGUACUUAUGAUUGCAAUAAAUAUCAUUUGUGAGUUGA